AUGUCCAAACAUUCCUGCCAUCGGUGUAACACUGUCAUUCGACAUCUGUCUAACCAACAGGCCACACAUUUUGUAAGUUAAACUCUGUAAGCCGCUGGAUCGUUUUUGGAAAUUUUUCGGAUAGUUGAGUUACAUAAGAGUAUAGUAGACGUCAUCUCGGUAUAACGCGUACAGGUUUUUCAAAACAAAAUAUAAAUUAAAUACUCUGUUUUGAGUCAUUCACUGACUGAAUAAUAGCGUUAUAAAAUAAAUGUUUAUUUAAAUGUUUAUAAAAAUGUAAAAACUCCUAGAAAAUAUAAAUAACUUUAAAACAAACAAACAAACAAACAGCACCGAGAGAACAGUUUAGAUCGUUGCUGUAAACAUCCAUUUCUAUAAACAACCAGAAACGGAAUCAAUGCGUUCAUCUUGUCUGCAAAUAUUUUUAAUACAGUUUUGGUUAGAAAGAACACUGAUGAUAUCUUAAGGCUUUUCUUAGUAGAUCGCAUUAAGCAGUCACAAAAAUGAUCCAUCUCGUAGACUUGAGCCAAUUAUAACAUGUGGAAAUCAGCUGUGUUAUGCACUUGACGCAUGAGCGUAUACUUAUUUUUAAAAAAAAUAUAUUUAACAAACAAUUUGUUUUCUUUACUCAACAUAAUAAAAUAUUAAACGUCAUAUUCUUUAUUUAAUGGACUGUUUUUAAAAGUUAUAACUUAAAGUGGGCCUGUGUGCCCGUACAUUGUAGUCUUUUAUCGAAGAUAGUAAAUAACUAUAUUUUUGUACUACACAACAAUACAGUAUAUAUGAGCAUUUAAAUACCACUCCGCAUACACAUAUUAAAUACAGGUUUUAAAUGUAAUACUCAAUAUACCAAAACAUUAUUAGACUUUAAAAAUUAUUAAACGUAUUAUCUGAUAUCAAACAAUAGAGUGAACUUCUUAGACCAGGACGUCUCAGACUUUUUCAUUAUGACCGUCUGGCAGGAAUCAACCACCCAUCUGCCACCACAGUGGAGCAGUGAAUUGAUAUUUGCAUGUUUAAAUCUGCACACUAGUGACUGUGAUCACGUGGAACCAGUGACUGUAAUCACGUGGAACCAGUGACUGUAAUCACGUGGAACCAGUGACUGUGAGCACACGGAACCAGUGACUGUAAUCACGUGGAACCAGUGACUGUAAUCACGUGGAACCAGUGACUGUGAGCACACGGAACCAGUGACUGUAAUCACGUGGAACCAGUGACUGUAAUCACGUGGAACCAGUGACUGUGAGCACACGGAACCAGUGACUGUAAACACGCGGUGGGUGUUUUUAUUCAUUUUAGAACGAACCAAGAUUUUUUACUUGCUGUUUUCUUUUCUUCCAACAGACCAUGUACAAAUCUGUCCUCGCCGUUCUUCUCCUGGUCGCUCUCACCAGCGCCACAGGAUACUAUGGUAACUACGGCUACGGAGGCCUUGGUGGAGGCUUAGGCUACGGAGGAGGCUUGGGCUACGGUGGAGGUCUCGGAAACUGGGGCCUAGGCGGCGGUUGGGGAGGACUCGGAGGUGGCUGGGGAGGACUCGGAGGUGGCUGGGGAGGACUUGGUGGAGGAUGGGGAGGAUACGGCUACGGUAAG